CAUUUCGAUUAUAGUCAAACCUUCCUAGCACGCUACGGUCGGGAUCACCAUCGAGCGGUUUUUUUUUAUAUUUUUACUCACCUGAUAAGAAUGUUGUCUAGCAGUCGCCGGUCGUGACGGAAAUAAGUCAGUCGAUUUGUGUGCAGCGAUCAGAAUGGAUCGAAGAGGGAUUUUCGCGGGAUUAGUGUUGGUGAUAAUCAGCCAAUCGAGCGAUGCGCACAAUCACGCCAUCGAGGGAAGCAUCUGCGAGACGGAGGCGGGCGUUGGAGAGUGCGUAGGCGUUCGCGAGUAUCCGCUUUAUCUACAGACGCUACGAAAGCGAGAGCGCAGCGAGGAGGAAACCCAGUUUCUGUGGUCGGGUCUCUGUGGUCAUACCAGCGAGAGGAAAGCUCUGGCAUGUCGACCAGUUCGGUUGAACGAAAUGGAAUGCGGACGACAGUUUACCUUUCGGAUUGUGAAGGGAAAAUUGGCCGACCUGGAAGACUACCCGUGGAUGGCUCUGUUUCAGUACAAGAAGCCCCGCGGACAGACCGGGUUUCACUGUGGCGGAGUAUUGAUCACCAAAAGGUACGUUCUGUCGGCGGCUCACUGCUUUGUUGGUUUGCGGAGCGGAUGGGAGGCAAUAAAGGUACGGUUGGGUGAGUGGGACUUCGAGUCGGAGUUGGAUUGCACCGAGGAAGACGGAGAUCAACAUUGUGCCCCACCGGUGCAGGAGUUCGAUCUGGAGAGGAUAAUGCCUCAUGAGGGAUUUUCUGUGCGAGACAAGCACAAGUCUUGCGAUAUUGCGUUAGUUCGGUUGUCAAGGGAAGCCGAAUUUACCAACUACGUAAAGCCGAUUUGUAUCCCAGAGCCGGGAUCGGUCAACAGUGGGCGACUGUACGAUGGGAUUAUGUUCGCCUCGGGAUGGGGUAAAACCGAGAAUGCAUCAUCCAGUCGCUACAAAUUACACACAUCACUUCAAGCGGCAGAUUAUUCAACCUGUCGAGCAGCCUACGCGAAUAGCCUACAGAUCAUGCUGGGAGAUGGUCAGUUCUGCGCAGGAGUUAACGAUGGUCGUGACACUUGUAAUGGAGACUCCGGUGGCCCUCUAAUGAGAGAGAUCUCCGAACAAGGUCGUUUCUAUGUAUCAGGCCUUGUUAGUUUCGGCCCGAAGCGUUGCGGCGAGCAACUUCCUGGAGUUUACACGAAGGUGGAACACUACUACAAUUGGAUUCAUGUGGCCGAUUAUUACCGAUCAUAAACGAAACUCCAGUUAAUUUCAGUUCCAUUCCCCCAAAGAAUCAUUAUUUGCCACCAAAUGAACCAGAGCUCAGAGGCAACCGAUGCAAAUGAUUAUUACCGCCCGAGUCAAACGCGUCAGCUGUCGAAAUGGAAUCACUCUCAAUUGUGGCAGC